CCAGAAGAAAAAAGAAAAGCUGCUAAUAUGGCCGAAGGUGUUGUUUCAGUAGUGCUCGAAGGGCUCAGCAAGCUUAUCAUUCAGGAAUUGAAAUCCUUGGGUGGAGUGGGUGGUAAGGUUCAGAGUGCACAAACCCAGCUACAAAUCAUGCAAGGCUACUUGAAAGAUGCAGACGCAAGACAAGGACGGAAUGAAGCAAUACGCAUUUGGGUGGCAAGUGUUAGAGAUGCUGCUUAUGAUCUUGAGGAUGUCAUCGAAAUUUUUGUCUUAAAAGUGGCUUCCAAGAGGAAAGCAAGUGUUUUGACAAGGUUUUCCGGCAUCUUCAUAAAAAGAGUUAAUCUUCAUCAGAUUGGCUCAGAAAUUAAGAAAAUUACAACCAAAAUUUCACAGUUGAGUUCGAUUUUGCCAAGUUUAAACCUACACCAAACAAGGGAGAGUGGAGGUGAUACUUCUUUUCAGAGGCAACAAGAACGGAGGAUAGCUUAUCCUCAUAUUGUCGAACCUCAUGUGGUUGGGUUAGUCGGUGGAACAGAGAUAUUGGCUACGCAUUUGAUCAAAGGAAAAGGCCCCCGAGUUGUUUCUAUUUGGGGGAUGCCGGGCUUGGGUAAAACCACUUUAGCAAAACAAGUUUAUAAUCAUGGUGAAGUUAAGCGUCAUUUCGAUUGUUUUGCUUGGGUGUGUAUCUCUCAACAAUGCCAAGCACGGGAAGUUUUGGAAGAAAUUCUGACUCAACUCAUUUCUCCUACCAAUGAGCAAAGACAAGAAAUUGCAAAACUGAAGAUUGAUCAAAUAGCAGAGAGGCUUUGGAAUACGCAAAGAGAAAGAAAAUGUUUGGUGGUGCUUGAUGACAUUUGGACCAGUGAUGCGUGGAGCUCGUUGCAAGCUGGAUUUCCAAUGAAUGAGGAAACUGAGAGUCGAAUUUUACUCACUACUCGCAACAAAGAAGUCGCUUCGUAUGCGGACAAAAAUGGUUUCCUCUUCGAACCACGGUCGUUGAAUGAUGAUGAAAGUUGGGAAUUGUUUGAGAAGAUAGCAAUGUUUGGAACGGAAGAUACAAAUCAUAAAAUUUAUGAACAUAAGAAAGAGCUAGGAACGGAGAUGCUUCAACAUUGCAAAGGUUUGCCACUAGCCAUCACGGUGCUUGCAGGACUUCUAGCUAGAAAAGACACAAUUGAUGAGUGGAAUACGGUGCAUAAGAAUGUUUAUGCAUAUAUAAGGAGAGGCACAGACUUUGGGCCCGAUUACAUAGGUGAAGGAUAUGAAGGGGUAUCAUGGUUAUUGGAAUUGAGUUACGACAACUUACCAUAUUACUUAAAACAAUGUUUUCUCUACUUAGCCCAUUUUCCGGAAGAUUAUGAAAUACCGGUGAGUACAUUGACUAAACUAUGGAUGGCAGAAGGUUUUAUAUCAUCGACAUCAGUGGAGAUAAUGGAAGAUGUAUCAUAUAUGUGCUUAAGUGAGUUAGUGGGCAGGUGUAUGGUUCAAGUUGGAAAACAUGGUUCGAGUAAGAAAAUCAAGACUUGUCAUCUCCACGAUCUUAUGCGAGAUUUAUGCAUGUUAAAGGCAAAAGAGGGAAACUUUCUCCGUAUUAUCAAUUAUUCUACAGUUGUGGAGAUCAAGCAAACACCAACUGGUAGAGUUCGAAGACUUGCCAUCUAUUUGGACGAAACGGUUGAGGCAUAUUGUCAAGGGAGAGAUGAAAAUUAUGGACAUGUUAGGUCUUUGUUAUAUUUUGUCUCAACAUACUGCUACUGGAACUCAAAGGUAUUACGGUCACUAUUAAGGGACUUCACAUUCCUUAGAGUUUUGAAGUUUGAAGGUAUGGGUGUUAGAAAGCACAAGUUACCGCAUGAAAUUGGGAAUCUAGUGCACUUAAGGUUUUUAAGUGUAAAGUGUAGUGUGAUUUCAGCGGUGUCAUCAUCUAUAGCAAAUUUGGUAUGUUUGCAGACUCUAGAUUUACGUUGCAGAAAUUGGACGGUUAAAAUUCCAAAUGGAAACGUGUUUUCCAAGAUGGAAAAAUUGAGACAUAUAUAUUUACCCUUACCCACCCGAUAUCAUCAUUGUGCAAGAGAGAAACGUGAACGUCUGUUAUUUGCUACUGAGGCAGUCAAUUUGCACACGGUAGUCAAUAUUUGUAUUCAGGCAUCAUCUGAUCUAGUUGAUUUUGUUAAACUAACCAACCUUAGAAAAUUGGGAGUUAUCACAUUUGACAAAGGGACAAAAAAGGAGAAAGGGACGAACAUCAUAUUUAAGCAUCUCCAAUCUCUAUCGGUGAACUUUACUUCUGAGGCUGUACCAUGGAACAUCGUAUUAAGCUGUCCUAAUAUAUACAAGCUGCGACUAGAUGGACAUAUCACAGAGUUACCAGAAGACCUCCUGUGCCAUACGAACCUCACCAAGCUAACACUAAGUGGAUUUGGUAAUCUCAAGGACAACCACAUAAAAGUAUUAGAGAAGUUGCCAAGCUUGAGAAUGCUUUUUGCUAGUGUCGGGAUUUUUCCGGCAGCUCUUGUUUGCUCAAAGGGAGGCUUUCCAUUUCUCGAAUUUCUUUCUCUUGAUUGCUUGAUGGAGUUAAAAGAAUGGAAGGUGGAGAAAGGAGCCAUGCCUAGUCUCUGCAGAUUGCACAUUGAGCAUUGCUCAGAUUUGGAGGCUGUUCCUGAUGGGCUCCAAUAUAUUACUACCCUCAAGGAAUUAACCAUCAAAGAGAUGCAUUCUGAAUUCUGUAGCCGGCUUGGGGAAGGAGGAGAGGAUUUUUACAAAAUCCAACAUGUGCAGUCUGUUAUAAUUUCAAAUCCUUAUCACCAAGGAGGAGAGGAUAAAAUGUGAAAAAGAGUUGGGGGCCGAGCGCAAGCCUGUAAAUCUCAUCAAAUUAGAAAAGCUGAUCAAGCAUAUGAAGACAUGAUUGACUGGACUAUAAUUUUCCUGGCAAUCAAUUCCAGGGCCCCAACAACUCACUUCUCUCGGAAUUUUACAUUUUCUUUUACCAUUUUUACUUGCAACUUC